AUGUCGUCCUUCUUCGGCCUCAGCAAGACGCGCACCUUCAAGCCCAAGCGCAACAUCCCCGAGGGCACCAAGCAGUACCAGCUGAAGCGCUAUGCCGAAGCGACGCUAGGCAGCGGCAACCUGCGCCAGGCCGUGGUGCUGCCCGAGGGCGAGGACCUGGACGAGUGGCUGGCCGUCAACACCGUCGACUUCUUCAACCACCUCAACAUGCUCUACGGCACCGUCACCGAGUUUUGCACCUCGCUCGAGUGCCCCGCCAUGACGGCGGGUCCGCGCUACGAGUACCACUGGCAGGACAGUGCCUCUGUGCAGUUCAAGCGCCCGACGCGCAUGAGUGCGCCCGAGUAUGUCGACUGCCUCAUGACGUGGACACAGGGCAUGCUCGACGACGAGACGAUCUUCCCGAGCCGUGUCGGCGUGCCCUUCCCGCCAAACUUCCAGGCGACGGUCAAGUCGAUUCUGCGGCGGCUGUUCCGCGUCUACGCGCACAUCUACAACCACCACUUUGCGCAGAUCUGCGCGCUGAGCAUCGAGGCGCAUCUCAACACGUCUUACCGCCACUUCCUCCUCUUUGUCAGCGAGUUCCACCUCAUCGAGCCGCGCGAGCUGGCGCCGCUGCACGAGCUCAACGAGGCCAUUCUCGAGGACAACUGA